AUGGCAACUACCGUCCUCCCAAAGCCGGAGGUCAAGGUCCCGUCCUUCAACGAAGUUAGUCGCCAUAAUAUUAUAGGUCUGCAAACUCAGAUACGCAGUACGCUCGACAAGGCCCACCACGUCGCCAUAGACUGUGAAUUCACAGGGCUGGGAAGUACUAAGAACACUAGAGCUACAAACAUAGAAGAGCGAUAUGCGGCACUCGUGGACGUGGCAUCCAACCAUGCAAUGGUAUCCUUUGGACUGUCCGUCUUUGAGGCAACCGACCCUGCGCCGCGGAUACCCGACUCCCAAAAAACGAGCGUAGAAUAUGCAUACAAAGUGCAUAACUUCAAUUUCUUAAUGUUGAAGAGCACGAUGUUUAGCGUCUCGCCGGAUAGCGCCAUCUUUCUUGUCGACAAUGGAUUUGACUUCAACAAACAAUAUCGCGACGGCAUCUUCUUUACUGCUGGGAAUGAUCCCAUUGUCGAGGUAACACAUGCAGACACAAACCAGAUCAUGCGCAACAUCUUUCUCCACAUCAUAACGCGCAACGUGCCCAUCGUGGUCCACAACGGCUUGCUGGACUUGCUUUUCAUAUACCACUCGUUGUACGCAGAAUUACCCAAAACACUGGAGGUCUUCGUCGCCGACCUCUCGGAUAUGUUUCCAGCUGGCAUCUACGACACCAAGUACGUGUCGGACUAUGUGACAAAGGAGAAGGCCAGUUUCCUCGCGUAUCUGUUUCGGAAGUACGAGCGCGAACAAGCAGCUGCGAAGAUCGAGGGCAAAAGCGCACAUGUAACCUGUGCAAUAGAAGACAGGAUGUCGGUGGUUGAGGAGAAGUGGCGGCCGCCUCCAUCCGGCAAGCGAAAGAAGAAGAUGUAUCCCGAGACGGGGAAGCCAUUCUGCGAGCAAUACGCGGCGCAUGGAUAUUGUAACCGCGGCCGGUACUGCACAAAAAGCCACGACCUAGAUCUCAUCCUGGACUACGAGCUGGGAGUGAUCUCGCCAACCAGCAAGAAACGCCGGCACUCGGAUAGCCCCGGCCUUGGCCCAGACGCCGAGGCUCCGUCCCAGAACGGCAUAACCGAUUCAGCGCCAAAGACUCCAGCAGCUAUCACAGGGGCAAAGUCAAUGACUGCCUGCAAAAACCAACAAGUCGCCUUCACCUCCAGCGACACCAAUACACCCACAUCCGCCCCAACUCCUACCUCCUUCCCCUCCAGCACACCUCAACCACCCGCCGUCACACCCGACGGCACCCUCUUCGAAAAGUACCACUCGGCCUGCUUCGACGCCUACAUGACGGGCUUCAUAUUCGCGCGGCAGAUCCUCACACACACGCCCCCGCCCGCGAACAAGAUGGAACUCGCAAACAAGCUGUACCUUAUGGGCAAGUCGAUGCCUCUGCUCGUGCAGAAGAGCGCGUUUGCGAAAUUGAGCCCUGCGCAUUUGGCGAAGAAGGAUAAGGUGCUGUUGGCGCAGUGUGAGCCUAGGGGGCGGGCGGUCGUUGAGGGUGGCGUAGCCGGCGCUUUGUAG